CCCUCCCUCCGGCUGGCGGAUGCAGUGCCUAGCAGCCGCUCUUAAGGACGAAACCAACAUGAGUGGGGGAGGGGAGCAGGCCGACAUCCUGCCGGCCAACUACGUGGUCAAGGAUCGCUGGAAGGUGCUGAAAAAGAUCGGAGGUGGGGGCUUUGGUGAGAUCUAUGAGGCCAUGGACCUGCUGACCAGGGAGAACGUGGCCCUCAAAGUGGAGUCAGCCCAGCAGCCCAAGCAGGUCCUCAAGAUGGAGGUGGCUGUGCUCAAAAAGCUGCAAGGGAAAGACCACGUGUGCAGGUUCAUUGGCUGUGGCCGGAACGAGAAGUUUAACUACGUAGUGAUGCAGCUCCAGGGCCGGAACCUGGCUGACCUGCGCCGCAGUCAGCCGCGAGGCACCUUCACAUUGAGCACCACGCUGCGGCUGGGCAAGCAGAUUCUGGAGUCCAUUGAGGCCAUCCACUCCGUGGGCUUCCUGCACCGAGACAUCAAGCCGUCGAAUUUUGCCAUGGGCAGGCUGCCUUCCACCUACAGGAAGUGCUACAUGUUGGACUUCGGGCUGGCCCGGCAGUACACCAACACCACGGGGGACGUCCGGCCCCCUCGGAAUGUGGCCGGGUUUCGAGGGACUGUUCGCUAUGCCUCUGUCAAUGCCCACAAGAACCGGGAGAUGGGCCGCCACGAUGACCUGUGGUCCCUCUUCUACAUGCUGGUGGAGUUUGCAGUGGGCCAGCUGCCUUGGAGGAAGAUCAAGGACAAGGAGCAGGUGGGGAUGAUCAAGGAGAAGUACGAGCACCGGAUGCUGCUGAAGCACAUGCCCUCCGAGUUCCACCUCUUCCUGGACCACAUUGCCAGCCUCGACUACUUCACUAAGCCUGAUUACCAGUUGAUCAUGUCGGUGUUUGAGAACAGCAUGAAGGAGCGAGGCAUUGCCGAGAACGAGGCCUUUGACUGGGAGAAGGCAGGCACUGACACCCUCCUGUCCACAAGCACCUCCACCCCACCUCAGCAGAACACCCGGCAGACAGCAGCCAUGUUUGGGGUGGUCAAUGUGACGCCGGUGCCUGGGGACCUUCUCCGGGAGAACACUGAGGAUGUGCUGCAGGGCGAGCACCUGAGUGACCAGGAGAACGCACCCCCAAUCCUGCCUGGGCGGCCCCCUGAGGGGCUGGGCCCCGGAUCCCACCUUGCCCCCCACCCCGGGGGUCCUGAGGCUGAAGUCUGGGAGGAAACGGAUGUCAACCGGAACAAACUCCGGAUCAACAUCGGCAAAACCCCCUGUGUGGUGGAAGAGGAGCAGAGCCGAGGUGUGGGGGUCCCCAGCUCCCCAGUGCGUGCCCCGCCAGAGUCACCAACAACCCCUGUCCGUUCUCUGCGCUACCGGAGAGUCAACAGCCCUGAGUCGGAAAGGCUGUCCAUAGCAGAUGGGCGGGUGGAACUGCAUGAGAGGAGGUCACGCAUGGAUCUGCCCGGCUCGCCCUCGCGCCAGGCCUGCUCCUCACAGCCAGCUCAGAUGCUCUCAGUGGACACCGGCCACGUUGACCGGCAGGCCAGCGGCCGCAUGGAUGUAUCGGCCUCCGUGGAGCAGGAGGCCCUGAGCAAUGCCUUCCGCUCGGUGCCGCUGGCCGAGGAGGAGGACUUCGACAGCAAGGAGUGGGUCAUCAUCGACAAGGAGACAGAGCUCAAGGACUUCCCCCCGGGCGCCGAGCCCAGCACAUCGGGCACCACGGACGAGGAGCCUGAGGAGCUGCGGCCGCUGCCCGAGGAGGGCGAGGAGCGGCGGCGGCCGGGGGCAGAGCCCACCGUCAGGCCCCGGGGACGCGGCAUGCAGACACUGGCUGAGGAGGACCUGCGGCAAAUGCCAUCCCAGCCCCCACCUCCCCUGCUGAGCCAGGCCGAUGGCCGGUCAGAGACAUCGCAGCCGCCCACACCUGGCAGCCCUUCCCACUCACCCCUGCACUCGGGACCCCGCCCUCGAAGGAGAGAGUCGGAUCCCACAGGCCCGCAGAGACAGGUGUUCUCCGUGGCGCCCUCGUUUGAGGUGAAUGGUCUCCCACGAGCUGUGCCUCUGAACCUGCCCUACCAGGACUUCAAGAAAGACCUCUCUGAUUACCGAGAACGGGCUCGGCUGCUCAACAGGGUCCGGAGGGUGGGCUUCUCGCACAUGCUGCUCACCACCCCCCAGGUCCCGCUGUCUCCUGUUCAGCCUCAAGCUAAUGGGAAGGAGGAAGAGGAAGAGGAGGAAGAGGAGGAAGAGGAAGAUGAGGAAGAGGAGGAGGAAGAAGAAGAGGAAGAAGAGGAGGAGGAGGAGGAAGAGAUGGAAGAGGAGGAGGAGGAGGAAAGGGAGGAAGAGGAGGAGGAGGAGGAGGAGGUAGUGGCCCUGGGGGAGGUGCUGGGGCCGUGCAGUGGCUCCAGCAGUGAGGGGAGCGAGAGGAGCACGGACCGGAGCCAAGAAGGUGCCCCGUCCACACUCCUGGCUGAUGAUCAGAAGGAGUCCAGGGGCCGGGCCUCCGUGGCCGACGGGGACCUGGAGCCUGAGGAGGGCUCCAAAACGCUGGUGCUCGUCUCCCCUGGCGACAUGAAGAAGUCGCCUGUCACUGCCGAUCUGGCCCCUGAGCCCGACCUGGGCACUCUGGCUGUCCUCACUCCUCAGCACGAGAGGCCCCAGCCCACUGGCAGCCAGCUGGACGUGUCUGAGCCAGGCACUCUGUCCUCUGUCCUCAAAUCUGAGCCCAAGCCCCCUGGGCCCGGGACAGGGCCGGGGGCCGGGGCAGUGAGCACAGGGGCAGGAGGAGUGGCAGUCACUUCCUCACCUUUCACCAAAGUCGAGAGGACCUUUGUGCACAUUGCGGAGAAAACCCACCUCAACGUCAUGUCUUCUGGUGGACAGGCCUCUCGGCCUGAGGAGCUCAGCGCUGUGGGUGAGCUGGACCUAGAGGUACCCUCUGAUGGGGGAGCUGUGGAAGAGGGAGCCUCCGUGCCCCUGGAGAACAUCGUCCAGUCAGGGCCAGAAAGUGGUGCCCUGUCUGGCCCCCCCGGGGACACCCCCUUGGAGGUGGCCACGGACUCACUGCCCAACGGCCCAACUCUUGACGAAGGGCCAGCCCCAGCAUCCCCGCUGGAGCCAGGCCCCGAGAAACUAGCCACCAUCUCCCCCAGCCGCCAUGCCAUGCCAGGCCCUCGCCCCAGGAGCCGUAUCCCUGUCCUAUUGUCUGAGGAGGACACAGGCUCGGAGCCCUCGGGCUCGCUGUCCGCCAAAGAGCGGUGGGGCAAGAGGGCCCGACCACAGCAGGACCUGGCCCGGCUGGUGAUGGAGAAGAGGCAGGGCCGCCUGCUGUUGCGGCUGGCCUCUGGGGCCUCGUCCUCCUCCAGUGAGGAGCAGCGCCGUGCCUCGGAGACGCUCUCGGGCACGGGCUCUGAGGAGGACACGCCCGCCUCUGAGCCCACGGCACCCAGGAAGGUCGGGCGGGCAGCUGCCACCCGGAGCCGGAUUCCCCGCCCCAUCAGCAUCCGCAUGCCCACGCCUGCCGCAGCCCAGCAGCCCCCUGGCAGACCCCAUGGCGCAGCCCCAGCAUCUGACACAGCCAUCACCAGCAGGCUCCAGCUGCAGAAGCCCCCAGGGUCGGCCGUCGCUUCUGACCUCCGCCCCAAACAGCCCUCCGGCCGCGGCCCGGGUCCAGGGCGAGCCCAAGCCGGCCCCAGGCCCCCCGCCCCGCGCAGUCCCGGCAUCCCCGCCUCCGCCCCGCGCAAUCCUAGUGCGUCUCCCAGGAGUCAGUCCCUGUCCCGCAAAGAGAGCUCCUCUCCCUCGCACCAGGCCCGGCCGAGGGGUCCCCCACCCCGGGGCGCCCCCCAGGCUCGGGCCCAGCCUGACGGCACCCCCUCCCCGGGGGGCCCCAAGAAAGGACCCAGAGGGAAACUCCAGACUCAGCGCUCAGCAACCAAAGGCCGGGCGGGGGUCGUGGAGGGCCGGGCCGGGGCCAGAUAAUGACGCGCGCGGCUCUUGGCGGCCCCCCACCCCUCACCCCGGCCCCCUACUCGCAGCCGGCCACACUGGAACAGCUCCCAGCACAGCCUUACGCGCCCGACGCGCGCCACCCGCGGCCCCAGCUUCCCGCCUGCACCCGCGAGGACG